AUUGGGGUUAAGGACCUUAUGGACUGUCUAGAUAACACCCCUGCAUCUAAUGACCACCAUUCCUUAACGAAUGCUCUAGUUUGUGCUUAUUCUUCGGUUAAUUCAGCUUUUCCUAAGGGUCAAUCUAAGGUUGCUGCAGCUAUGGGUCACCAUGUUAUAAUUUCUAGGCAUCACAGUGUUAUCUCGUCCUCCAUUAUCAGCAAUUCAAUUCAUUUUGGUCACUCUCUCACUACUGGUCAGGAUGGUGCGAUAGAUGGGGUUUUUCAGUUUCCUCGGCUGCCGAAAAAUGGGGUUCUUAAUGUUAAUGAUGACCUUACUGAUACGGAGGGUGGGUCACAAGAGAAUAUUCAAGGGGCCGCAUCUAAGCGUUCGAUAUGACUCCUUAAUGAAUAUUGUCGUAGAUAUAAGCCUUUGGUGGUUGUGUUGGUUGAGCUUAGGAUUUCUGGGUCGAAGGCAGAUAUGCUGCUCUGAGCUUGGGUUAUGCUUCUUGGUUGAGAGUAGAAUUGGUUGGCAUGAGUGGAGGUAUUUGGGUCUCUUUGGGGCUUGAGAUAGGUAAUUUGUCGAUCCUUCUCACCAAUUCACAACUUGCGCAGUGUGAGAUAGAAGAUUUCAAAGGUAGAAGGUGGUUGUUCAUGGCGGUUUAUGAAAGUCCGGUGGAAGAGUAUCUGAGUUGCUCUUCUAGAAUUUAGCUAUUAUAAGUCCUCAGAAUGAAUUACGAUGGCUUUAGCAGGGGAUUUUAACACCUAUAUAAUGCUGGAUGAGACUACAAGCAUAGGUGCAUAUGUUAGUGCUAAGUGUCACAAAUUCAGGGAGUGGGUUCAUACGAAUGGCCUAAUAGAUUUGGGUUUUAAUGGAGCUAAAUUUACAUGGUUAAGGGAAUCUGCUACUUCGGAUUUCAAGGCGGCCAGGCUAGAUAAGGGUCUUGCAAACUUACAAUGGAGAUUGUUGUUUCCUUCGAUUGAGGUUUGUCACUUAGAAUGAGCAAUCUCAGAUCAUUGCCCUUCUGUUUAAGCUUCAAACCUCAACUUCUCCCCUUCGACUAUUAUUUUCAGAUUCUAGGGGAUGUGGCUGACCCAUCUUAGCUUCUUACGAGUUAUGCACGCUCAUUGGAACUCUGGGAAUUCUUUUGGGGAAGCCUUGAAUGGAAUCAACUCAAUUCUUUCUAGAUGGAGUCGGGAAGUUUUUGGGAAUGUGUAUAAGAGGAAGAGGUGAAUUUCAGCAAGAAUCAGAGGUAUCCAAGCUAAUGUUAACUAGUUUCACAACCCAAGUUUGCGGAGAUUCGAGAGUAAAUUAAGAAGGGAUUUGGAAGUUGUUUUUGAUCAGGAGGAACUUUGAUGGUUCCAAAAGUCUCACGAGAAGUGGAUUCGAGAUGGAGAGCUGAAUACUAGAUACUUCCAUGCAAGUAUGAGGGUCAUUCAAAAAGGGUAACAAGGCUGUUUGACACUGAUAGUGGGGUCUGGGUAAUAGAUCAUGGUUUAAUGUUGGGUAUUGUUGCUGAUUUCUUUAAUAGACCAUAUUAUAAGAAAAUGGAUGCCAGACCGCCUGCUGAUAUUCCGUUAGAUUUUCCUUCUCUUUCGGUAAGGGAGGCAACACUGCUCAAUGCUCCAUUUUCAGUGGGUGAAGUAAAGAAAGCGCUUUGUGAUAUGGAUCCUUACAAAGCCCCAGGGCCAGAUGGCUUCCAGGAAGUAUUUUACCAAAAAACUUAGGGGAUUGUUGGUCCGUCUUUGUGUGAUAUGGUUCUGAAGUUUCUUAAUGGUGGGAAAUUGCCUUGGGGUAUUGGGGAGAUUCUUAUUGAGGACGCGAGAUUUCCUCCAAAAGUUUGAUUUGAAAAGAAUCGAAUCGAAUGAGCUUCAUUCAUUUUAUUAAAAAUCUAUUUUCCUUAUUAUUCCAUUCGUUUAAUCCUCGGAAAAUGGUUUUCUUACUUUGGUAA